AUGCCUCUCCAUACACCCUCAGCGCGCGUACUACGCCUCCUUCCUCGACGUCUCAUAAAACCGCAUUCACUCCGACCCGGAUCUCAAUUCUCCAUCCCAUGCCGCACCUUGGCCUCCAAACCGCCUCCAAACAAAAACGAAUAUGAACGGCUCGAUCCUAUUUCUAUGCACAGACUCGAACAUGAGCGCCGAGAGUACUACAAGCGACGGUCAUACUACUCGGGUGCGGGUUUCGUCCUGGGCAUGAUUGCGAUAUGGUUCACUGCCACUUCCAUCGAACUCCCUCCUUCGAACAAACCGGCGCAGGCUGAUUCAGGAAGACGGCCUGAUGAUCCCAUGGUAGUGUUGGGUCGGGAGCGAAAGAUUGUCAUACAGAAGUUGGGCGAGGAGCCGGAGGAAGUGCCAGACGUUGUUGCGACUGGUACCAGCACCGUGCCCACGUUCCCCAGGGUAUUGGAUUUCUACGACGACGAGAGAGAGGGCGUGGAUAACGGCAUUGGGCCCGGGCAGAACGAUGAUCGGUUGGUCGAGUACCAAUUGAUGGGAUUGGGUAUCCGGACGGUCAGCUUCUUGGGCAUCCAAGUAUAUGUUGUUGGAAUGUAUGUUGCGACCGACGACAUUGCGGCCUUGCAAGAAGCUCUCAUCAAGAAGAUCGCCCCUUCGGCUUCGACCCUCGUUGCAGGCGAAAAGGACGAGCUAAAGGCGAAGCUUUAUGACCCCCAAGCGAGCGUGGAAAUUUGGAGUGAUGUGCUGAAGAAGAGUGGCGCGAAGACUUUGGUCAGGAUUGUACCAACGCGGAAUACGGACUUCCAUCAUUUAAGAGAUGCAUGGGUUAGAUCCCUGACUGCCAGAGCGCAGGCUGACAAGGAGGAAUUUGGGGAUGAGCAGUUCGGCGCUUCCCUCAGUGAAUUCAAGAUGUUGUUCAAUAGAGGCAGCGUCCCCAAGGGAAAGGAGCUGUUGCUAAGCCGAGACAAGGAGGGAAAGUUCGCCGCAUGGUAUGAUGACGGGAAGAACGGGGCUCAAAGACUGGGACAGGUUCUUGAUGAGAGGAUAUCAAGAGGUCUAUGGUUGAACUACCUUGGCGGCAAAACCGUUGCUAGUGAAGGGGCUCGGAAAUCUAUCAUCGAUGGGGUUAUGCAGUUUGUCGAGCGUCCAGUGGGAACCGUGGCAACUCAAGUUGUAUGA